AGUGCGCAUGUAUUGAGCGGCCCAGCCCUGAGUCACCCCCUCCGCUCCUCGGCCGCUCCCGGCGAGGGCAGGAAAGGCGGCCACCAUGAACCGCUUGGGCAAGAGAGGCAAUGAGACCCUCAUCGAGAUGUCGCUGUCGGCGGACGGGGAAGAAUGCAAUGGACCCUUAAGUGAAACCAUUUCAACUGCAGGAUCAGAAAUCCCAAGCAGCUCUGAGGGCCUAAGCAGCACUGAGACUACUUUACUCAUCCCUGAACAUCAAGUGAUUGAUAAAAGACAUCAAAGCAAAGAUUCUAUUUUCUUCAGGGAUGGUGUCAGGAGAAUCGAUUUUGUUCUCUCUUAUGUGGAUGAUUUUAGUAAGGAAUUGGAAAAAAAGUUGGAAAGACGAAAAGAAUUUGAGAGCAAUCUGCAAAAGGCAGGUUUGGAACUAGAAACAGAAGACAAGAAGGAAUCUGAAGAUGGCAAGAUCUUUUUUGUGAAGAUCCACGCGCCGUGGGAGGUUCUGAUCACGUACGCAGAGGAGCUGAACAUCAAAGUUCCCAUCAAGGAAAAUGACAUUCCCUCCACGGUGGAGAACCCCCUGGACUGCAUGCUUUUCCCAUUCAGGCUGCCCGAGAAGGUGAUGCACCCUGAGCCGGAUUAUUUCACGGCCCCGUUCAGCAAGGACAAGCAGGAGCUGUACCUCAUAAACGACAAGAGCACUUUCUUCUCCCCGUCCGUGAGGAACAGAAUAGUUAAUUAUAUUCUUACACGUUGCCCUUAUGGAACAGAAGAAGGGAAGAAAAAAUUUGGGAUUAAGAGACUGCUAAACAAUGGCACCUAUACAGCUGCAUAUCCUCUUCAUGAUUGCCAGUACUGGAAAAAGGCAAACGAUCCCAACUGUGACAACGAGAGGUACACGCUCUACAUGGAGUGGGCCCGUUUCCCGCGCUUCUACAAAGAGCAGCCUUUGGACCUUAUCAGGAAAUACUAUGGUGAGAAGAUUGGAAUCUAUUUUGCCUGGCUGGGAUUUUACACUGAGAUGUUAUUCCUUGCAGCAGUUGUUGGCUUAAUCUGUUUUCUUUAUGGCUUGUUUACAAUGGAUGAAAAUAUGAGCAGCAAAGAAAUCUGUGACCCUGCAAUUGGAGGAGAGAUCAUCAUGUGCCCGCUUUGUGACCAGGACUGCGACUACUGGAGACUAAACACCACCUGUCAGUCUUCACAGUAUUCCCAUUUGUUUGACAACGUGGCAACUCUUUUUUUUGCCAUUUUCAUGGGCAUAUGGGUUACGCUUUUCUUGGAGUUUUGGAAGAGACGGCAAGCUAGACUGAAAUAUGAGUGGGAUUUGGUUGAUUUUGAAGAGGAACAGCAGCAACUCCAGCUGAGGCCUGAGUACGAGGCAAAGUGUACCCAGAAGAAGAGGAAUCCUGUAACUCAGGAGAUGGAGCCUUAUUUGCCUUUAACUAGCCAGGCUGUGCGGUUCUGCAUCUCAGGAACUACAGUGUUGUUCUGGGUGUCUCUGAUCAUAGCCAGCAUGAUCGCCGUGAUCGUGUAUCGCCUGGCGGUGUACGCGGCCUUCGCCAGCCUCAUGGAGAACACCCAGACCUUGCAGCCCAUCAGCGGGUUGCUGACCCCUCAGCUGGCGACCUCAGUCACAGCCUCGUGCCUCAAUUUUGUCAUCAUCAUGAUCCUGAACUUCUUCUAUGAGAGAAUAGCCAUCUGGAUUACUGAUAUGGAGAUCCCCAGAACUCAUAUGGAGUAUGAGAACAGGCUCACUAUGAAAAUGUUUUUGUUCCAGUUUGUCAACUACUAUUCAUCCUGCUUUUACGUGGCCUUCUUCAAAGGGAAGUUUGUUGGUUACCCAGGUGCCUACACAUACAUGUUUAAUCGCUGGAGAAAUGAAGAGUGUGACCCUGCGGGCUGCUUGAUAGAACUGACGACACAGCUCACCAUAGUCAUGGCUGGCAAACAGAUCUGGGGGAAUAUCCAAGAGGCCUUUGUACCCUGGAUUUGUAACUGGUGGGGUCGUCGGAAAGCCAGAAAUAAUCCUGAAAAUUUAUACAGUCGCUGGGAGCAAGACCAUGAUCUGCAGACAUUUGGAGCCUUAGGCCUGUUCUAUGAAUAUUUAGAAAUGGUCAUUCAGUUUGGAUUCAUUACUCUCUUCGUGGCAUCCUUUCCCCUGGCUCCCCUUCUUGCUCUGAUGAACAAUAUCCUGGAGAUUCGAGUAGACUCUUGGAAAUUAACCACCCAGUACAGGAGACCUGUGGCUGCAAAAGCACACAGCAUAGGAGUCUGGCAGGAAAUCCUGAAUGGAAUGGCCAUCCUGUCUGUUGUCACUAAUGCAUUUAUUGUGGCAUUCACAUCAGAUAUGAUCCCUCGUUUAGUUUACUACUAUGCUUAUUAUGAAAAUGAAGACUCACCUAUGUCUGGAUACAUAAACAACAGUCUGUCAGUGUUUCUAAUCUCAGAUUUUCCUGACAGAAACAAACCUAAAGAGAAUCCAGAAAACUUUGUCAUCUGCAGGUACAGAGACUAUCGAUAUCCUCCAGAUCAUGAGAGGAAAUACUUACACAGUAUGCAGUUCUGGCACAUUCUUGCUGCAAAACUGGCCUUUAUAAUUAUCAUGGAGCAUGUUGUAUUCAGCGUCAAAUUCUUUGUAGCGUGGAUGAUUCCUGAUGUCCCUGCAGAUGUGAAAGCCAAGAUAAAACGUGAAAAGUAUUUAACACAAAAAAUCCUACAUGAGUAUGAACUUGAAAAACUGAAGGAGAGACUGUGUCAAGGUGAUAAACGAGCCACAGAGAAAGAAUUCAUCGCCACGGAAGGGAGAAUGGAGUUAUCCAGAGCAAUGUAGCCAUGAAACCAACUGUUUGGGAUUUAGCUCAUUUUAGCUUUUUUUGUCUGUGGUUUGCUCAGUAUGCGUCAUGUUGAAAGCUAUAGGAGAGUUCAAUCCUUCACUUUCAGUCCAAAGACUUUAGACUUUUCUUUAAAAGUUUUACUGAGCUUUCAAGGUUUAGGAAAAUCAACUGUUUGACUUCAGCACUGGUUUUUAUUUACCCGUGACUUUGACUAAUAACUGUAAUCUUGUACUCCUAGAAUUUGGACUCCUGGUAUAGGGACUGUUACCCUCAAAGGGCUCACAGGGUAUGAUAAGGUCAUUACCACCAAGCCCUCCCCCUGUUGCUAACUGCAAAGUUCCAGGCUAUAUCCCAGCUGAAUGAGAUCAUUUAAAUAGGAGAACACUCCUGAUACAAGGGUUAGGAUUUGGGGCUUUUUUUUAUUAUAUCCACUAUGUCUUAUGAAACAUUGGUUUGCAGCUUUGAACUUCUAUAUGUUUUGUAGAAGGAAUUGAUUUUUUUAAAUUUAUAUUGGCUUAAUUCCACUUGGAAUUAUUUAUAGGCAUAGAAUUCAGUUAAUACAUACUAGUGAAGUAAACAAAAAGCCAUAAUUUAUUUUUAUAAAGAUAUAAUUUGCCAAAGAGUUUGCUCUUUAAAUGUCGAUAUUGUGGAAUCAUCUAACUGCAGAGGCUUUUGAAAAUAUGUGUCCAGUUUGGACAAGUACAGUUAUUUUAUUUCUCAGUCUCAAAACCUGCCGUUUUUGGAAGAUUACGUUUGACAGUUUUGGCCAAAGCUGCUCCUUUAUUUAUUUAUUUGUUUGGAUUCUCUGUGAAUGCCAGCAAAGGGCUAAAACUGUGUGUCUGUACUCGGUGCCUACUGUGGAGUGUGACUGCACAGGGCAGUGGGCUGGGAGCUGGGCCACCACACUAAUUGAUCUGGCUGGAUGGUUUGUUCUUGGACUUCCAUCCAAAGGAUUUUAAGCAGGCUGGAUAAUCAAUGCUUGUGCUGUUAUUGUCCUUAUACAUAGGAGCUUGGGGUUUUGGGGUUGUUCUUUUCUUUUUGUUUUGUUUUGUUUUUUUUUUUUUUAUUUUUAAUCUUUAAGAAGGGUAUUUUUUUCUGUUUUGUUAUGGGGCUUUUCUACAAAGUUACUGAAUUUAUAAAUGUAUAAUAACUACUUGUGCAAAGUAGCUUCCAGCUGUUUAUGAAUGUGCCCUCAUUUUCUAAUUUGAAGCAUUUUAGGCAUUUUUAUGAUUUUGCUGUAUAUUUAAAACAUAUCAACGCUUCCAUGCUUAGUGCCUUGUUUCUUUGCAUCUGGCAAAAGGUGUGAAAAUUAUCUCUGUUGGGCAGUGCCUAUUUCCAAAGUGUGCUUUGCAGGCACCUGUGAACCUGCAGACAGAGCUGUUCCGUGUUAGCCAAACCACACCUGCCUUGGCACACUCCUGCUUCAGUGCCAUGUGAACUGUUCCAGAGAGCACUUCAGGCCUAGAUGGCUUGGUUAAAGUAACACGUAGCUGAGUUCUCUCAUGCUGAAGUACACAAGCUAGACAAGAUAAGAAAAUUUUACUCUAUUUGCACUUUGAAAGUUAUACUUCCUCGCAAGUAUACACACAAAAAAUUGAGGUUUGUAUUCCACAUCAGCCGAAUCCUGUACUGUUUACUACUACCACAGCUUAAGGUAUGUUGUUUUAGCAAACCUUGGAGUUCUUGGUGAGUAACCUUAAUGUUGUAACAGUUUUAAAUCAAUGUCCUGAGUGGAGCUGUUCAAGGUUUAACAUUAAGUGCCUACCUCGAGCAAACAUCCCAUGGUUUGGCUGCCAGUCAAGGAGAUGAUGCAGAUGUACAUUUCUCGUUCCUGUAAGUUAUUCACCUUCGUUCUCUAAGUUUGCUUGAGCAAUCAAGCACGUUGGCAAUUCAUGUUCAUCAUGAACUGACCCAUGUUCUUGAAUACUCAGAUAUCUUUGUAGUGGAUUUAUUAGAGGAAUGCAUGUGUAAAUAAAUUAGCUCUGCUGCUUAGUGUGUAAACCAAAGAAGAGUAUCAUUCACCAUAAUUACAUAUCCAACACCACAAUUUGCACAAGGAAAGCACUGUGCUGCUUCCUGCACAUAUACUGUUAAUUAAACUGCUUAAUUUAGAUGUCAUGGUUUUGCUACUGUUAGCAAUGCAAACAGUUGCUUCAAACAGAAGGGUGAUGAGAUGCUAAAGGAUAUUUCUAUGCAAAACGUACAAUCUGAUUGAAGCUGCAAACAAAUCUGGAAAUUCAGCAUUAAAUGCACUGUUUCUGCUUAUGGAACAUUAGUUUCUUCAGGUAAUAAAGUGUCCUAAUAUACUACACUUGAAAAGAUGUCAGCAAAAGAGGUGUGUUGUGAAUGAACAAUGCUAUUUAAAAGCAAAAUACCUUUGGGACACAGCACUGAUAUGCAGAAGCCCUGCAUGCAGACCCUGAAUCUGAAUUAUGUUUUGACUCCUACUCCAUGAUUCUUUCAAACUUAUCUUUUUCAGACCACUUGCUAUGUAAUACAAUACAAACAGAUGUUUUGCAUAUGUUGUGUCAUAUUAUAGAAAGUGGACAAAAUCUGGGAUCAACUUAUUUAAAAAGAAAUAUAUAUAUAUAUAUAUAUCUUAAAAAUAUGUCAGAUGCUUCAUGGUAUUACUUUUUCAUAUACAGAAACUGUUGAAAAGAAAAUUCAUUGUCAUAUUAAGAGCUAACAUCACAUAACAAAAAAGCCUUUACAUAAUACUUUGCCUUUACCUGUCAUUAAGCAGUAUUCUAACUAAAGAUAUCAGUAUGGUUAGGUUUAUAAUGGUUCACAUACAUUUGCUGAAGCUCUUGAAAAAGUGACAGAAGUCAGAAAAAUGGCCUGAUCAGUUUGGAGAUGUGCUGAUUCUUACUAUUGGAAUAUUUCAUUUUGAUGUGUUUCGGUACCUAAAAGUGUUCUUUAACCAAAAUAAAGAGAGUUCUGUGUUGGAACUACUGUAAUUUAAGCAACAAUAGAUUGCCUCAUUAGAAUUAGUUAGAAACCCAGAAAUUGCCUUCCAGGUGUAAUACAAUCAGGGAUUUAUUUUUUUUUUCAAUUAAAAUUUAGCAUUUUUUCCCUGGGAAAGACUUAGUGUGGUAUGUUCUAAGCAAAGGACUGCAAAAGAAGAGUGCUACUAUGAGACACUAUACUAUUUUUUUAUAGAAAAUGUUCUUAUUAUGCUUUUACUUUUUUAUGCAAUACUGUCAGUUUGAGGCAACAGAAUGGAGUGAAAAUAGAUGGACUUUCUAACUGUACUGCUGACUUUUUACAUGUACUGCUUGUUUGACUUGUACUGUCGUGUAAUCCGAGUGGCAUUUUUGUCUGCUAAGUAUGUUGCUGAUAUAUAUGAUACACUAAUGUUGGAAUAAAUUUUUUAAACAUUGCAUUCAGCUAACAUUUAAUAUGCACAUUUAAUAAGAUUUAAAUCUGGCCAAUAAAGCUGUGUCUAUUUUUAA